UUGAUUGUUUUGGUUUCCGAAGAAGAAAAACAAAGUCUAAAAAUAAAAAUUGCUGGCGAAAAUUUGGAUUUUUCAGGAUUAAGCUGAAAUUCUGACUUCCGGAAGUCAUGUAUCGCACGUACAGCGGCAGCGAUACGGAAGAGGGCACGCCGGCAAAGCAAUUUAAGAGCAACAAUUAUUCGUCGAGUGCGAGUUACAGUGCCCAAUCCGAGAGUGAUGCCUCAAAUCAUGCCACAUACCAAGAGGAAUCCAAUCGAAGUAGUUCAGACAGUGAGAGUGAGACCCCUUCCGCUACAUUUCGUUCCUUCCAACAAAGCUCAAAUGCGUCGGGCAGCAGCGACGACGAAGCCACGGCAUCCACGAGUGCCGCAACCGGCACCCACUCAACUGCCAAGAUGCCCCAGUACUCGGAUUACGCGAUGCGAAUGAUGCAAAAAAUGGGUUACCAAGAAAACAAGGGUCUCGGUAAGCUGGGACAAGGUCGUUUGGAGCCCGUUGAGGCAUCAGCGCAAAAAGGACGUCGUGGUCUCGGAUUGCGUCUCGAUGACUUGGAUUUGGCGGCCCUCAAAUGGGACCAAUCCAUGGAACCAGACUUGAAAAUUCCCGAAGAAGUGAAUUGGAUCGAGAGUGCGAACGAGAAUCCGAGCGAAGAUGACUUGCUGAUGUACGAUGCCGACAUGUUGUGGUCCUGGGUGAAGGAGGGACGUCGCAAACUCACAAUCGAUGACGAAACAAACUUUUGUGAUCCGAAUACAAUCAACAAUGUGCUGAAAUCCAAGUCAAUUUUCGACAAAUUGGGCUCGAUGGACAUGAUGAAGGCACGAACGCGCGCCAAUCCCUUCGAAACGAUCAAACACAACGUUUUCCAGAAUCGUGCCGCAGUGAAAAUGGCAAAUAUGGAUCAAAUGUUCGACUUUAUGUUCACGGAUCCGCGCGAUAUUAACGGGCAACCGCUUGUGCGGGACGAUGAUUUGUUGUAUUUUGCGGAUGUGUGUGCGGGACCCGGCGGAUUUUCCGAAUAUAUCCUGUUUCGGCGUGGAUGGACAGCAAAGGGCUUCGGAUUUACGCUGAAAUCCGAGAACGAUUUCAAGUUGCAUGAAUUUUACGCGGGCUCUCCAGAGACCUUUGAUGCAUAUUAUGGCGUGAAUGACGACGGAAACGUCUUUGAUCCGGAAAAUAUUGCGUCGCUCAAGGAUUAUGUGCUCAAACAGACAAAAGACGGCGUUCACAUAAUGAUGGCUGAUGGCGGAUUUUCCGUGGAGGGCCAGGAAAACAUUCAGGAAAUCCUGUCGAAGCAACUUUAUUUGUGUCAAUGUUUGGUGGCGUUGUCGCUGGUGCGCGUUCAAGGUCACUUUGUCGUCAAAUUGUUUGAUCUCUUUACACCGUUCAGUGUCGGCCUUAUUUACUUGAUGUACAAAUGUUUCCACAGUGUUUGCAUUUGCAAGCCAAAUACGUCGCGACCCGCAAAUUCCGAGCGGUAUCUCGUGUGUCGCUGGAAGAAAUCCUGCACGGAUGUCAUCGAAAAGCAUCUUUUCCGCGUCAACGAGUUCCUGUGGGAAAAUAAAUCCAGUCAAAAUGACUUGUUGGAACUCGUGCCCAUGGAAAUCCUGCAAAGUGACACGAAAUUCUUCGAAUACAUUUACGAAAGCAACAAUACCUUAGGAAAUCGUCAAGUUGACGCACUUCUCAAAAUUGCCGCGUUCUGCAAAAAUCUCGAUAUCGUCGACGAUCGACAAGCUGACGUCAAACGCAGAUGCCUGGAUUUGUGGCGCCUCGAUGACAAAAUGCGCAAGGCACCGCCAAAAGUCUCCAAUGACUAUUACCUGAGUGAACUCUUGGGAAAUUGGUCGGACAAGGAACAACGACAAUUCAUCGACUCGCAACCGCGCAUCCUGACGUACCAGGAACUCAAAAAGGUCUUUCUUUCGGUGCACGAUUGGUAUUUCGUGCCAUUGGAGACGCGCCAGAACUCCAUAAGGCAUUUGCGGACCUUUUUCAUGGGCAAGGGGGGACGCAAUGUGCUCGCCUACAACUUUCAAACGCAUUCGUGGCAACAACUAAAUGACCUGUGCUUGGAAUUGUCGCCGCGAACGCUGAUUUACGGCGAAAUUGUGAAGGAGUACAUUGGGGAGAGCAAGAAACAACGGAGUAUUUCGGCGUUGCAUAUUAUCGACGCGAUUUGUCUCGGCGGCACGGAUAUCCGGAAGAUGAAUUUGGUCGAUCGGAAUAAAAUGUGUUGGAAAUUCGCGAGAGCACUGAAUAAACCGUUGAAGACUCUUGUGGCAGAUAACAAUUGUCGUAUGAGUGUGCCCGUGAGAUGUAAGAGAUUGUACUCGUUGUUGGAUUUUUCGCGAUUUGUUGAUGGCUUGCAGACGUUCAGACUCAAAAAUGGAUGCACGCGAUACGGGAUUACGCUUCCGAAUGAAUGUAAUGAUGAGGAAAGGUAUUAUAUACCGGAAGGGCUUUUGUUCCUGAACAGCACAAAUGAGGCUUUUAUGAAAUGUUUUUCGAAAUCUGCACGGAACUUUUACUAUUUUGAUAAGAGACAUCGAGAAUCGAAACCAGCGACGCCAGAAAUCUUAGCCGUAGCAAUCGCUUCCAUGCGCAACACCUUCACAAAUCGACACAUUUGGCUUUGGAACGACGAUCAAUCGAAUCUCGAUGAACGAAAUGACAGUGGCGAAGAGGAUAAUCAAGUUUAUCGUCAGCACAUCGAUGAUUUCCUGGCUCUCGUCACUAAAUAAACUUGUAAAAACAUUGCUUUUAACAUAAAAAAUUGUAAAAAAAAAUUAUAAAAUAUAAUUUUGUCCAAAAAAGAAAACUUUAUUAACAGCGUGGAAGCGUGUCUAACAAGCGAAAUCUGGUUUGCCUUCGAAAGUGCAUCCAGACCUUUGAAUAAUUUGCUUUGCAGCCCAAAUGCCGCACUUGACACACACAUCCAUGGGUUUCUUUUGCACAAAACAUG